CUCGUGACAGCUCUCAUAUAUGGAUAGAGAUAGAGAUAUUAUUGGUGCAUACGAUUGAAGUGCGGAUACAAAAAGGUUAUCAACUUAUCACCGCUAAAAGCUUCCGCCUUGCACUUUGGUAAGGAUACCAAAACAGAUUGAGAACUGAGAAGAGUGAAUUUGGAGGUGUAAAAUGGAGACGAAACGGAGCUGGGAGCAAUUCAAAGGCCAAACAAGGCUGCCAAAAUUCGCUAUCCCAAAACGCUAUGAUCUUUUUCUCAAACCCGACCUCUCGGCUUGUACUUUUUCUGGUACCGUCCAAGUUAGCCUUAACAUCAUCGAAGAUACAAAGUUCCUCGUCCUAAAUGCUCUCGAAAUUGUUAUCCAGGAAGUCCGGUUCACUGACUCCAAUAACCAAACAUAUAGGUCGUGUGAUGUUGUUUUGGAGGGUGAUGAUGAGAUACUGGUGCUGGUUUUUAAUGAGUUGCUUAAUAUUGGUGAAGGAGUUUUGUGGAUUGAGUUUUCUGCGGCCCUUAACGAGCACUUGAUUGGUUUCUAUAAAUGUACCUAUAUGGAUGGUGGGGUGAAGAAGAAUAUGGCAGCCACUCAGUUUGAAGCUGUGGAGGCAAGGCGGUGCUUUCCUUGCUGGGAUGAGCCUGCUCUUAAGGCCACAUUCAAGAUAACACUAGAUGUGCCAUCAGACUUGACAGCUUUGUCUAAUAUGCCAAUUGCCGAUGAAAAUCUUGAAGGAAAUAUCAGGACUGUUUACUUUGAGGAAUCUCCAAUCAUGUCAACCUAUUUGGUGGCUGUUGUUGUUGGUGCCUUUGAUUAUAUUGAAGAAAUGACAGCUGAUGGGAUUAAGGUUCGUGCAUAUUGUCCUGUUGGAAAGAGUGAUAAAGGGAAGUUUGCUUUAGAUGUUGCUGUAAAGUCACUCGAUAUAUUUGCAAAGUACUUCUCAACUCCUUUCCCACUUCCAAAACUGGAUAUGGUUGCCGUCCCUGAAUUUGCUGGUGGGGCUAUGGAGAAUCACGGGUUGAUCACAUACCGUGAAAAUGAGCUACUUUACGAUGAGUUGCUUUCUUCAGCAGCUAGGAAACAACGUCUCGUAAUUGUUGUGUCACAUGAAGUGGCCCAUCAUUGGUUUGGCAAUCUGGUAACAAUGGAGUGGUGGACUCAUUUAUGGCUUAAUGAGGGAUUUGCAACAUGGGUAAGUUAUAUGGCCACUGACAUCAUAUUUCCAGAGUGGAAAAUAUGGACUCAGUUUCUUAAACUAACAACUUAUGGCCUACGUGUGGAUGCACUGGAACAAUCACAUCCAAUUGAGGCAUACAUAUGCACGUGUGUUGAGUACUACCUAGAAGAAGGGGGGGUGACAGUGGAGGUACAUCAUGCUCGUUCCAUACUAGAAGUAGCCGAUGAUAUCAGCUACAAUAAGGGAUCUGCUGUCAUUCGAAUGUUGCAGGGUUAUCUUGGUGAUCAUAUGUUCCAGAAAUCUUUAAGUUCAUACAUAAAAAGAUAUGCUGGAAAAAAUGCAAAGACUGAAGAUUUAUGGAGCAUUCUUUCAGAGGAAUCUGGUGUGCAAGUCAACUCAAUGAUGGAAGCUUGGACAAAGCAAAAGGGAUAUCCAGUUAUCUCUGUAAAAUCCAGAGAUAACAUUUUGGAGUUUGAACAGUCGCAAUUCUUGUCAUCUGGUUUGCAUGAUGACAGAAUAUGGACUGUUCCAAUAACCUUGUCCAUUGGGUCAUAUGACAGGCUCAAGACUCUCCCUCUGGAAACGAGGUUUGGGGAAUUGGAUAUAUCUGAAUUCGUCCAUUCUUCAGAUGAAAAUUCAAGCUCAUUCAAGGAAAAGAAUGAAGAGAAUUGUGAUGAACAUUUAUGGGUCAAGGUUAACAUUGAUCAGAGUGGUUUCUACAGGGUUGAAUAUGAAGACAAGCUGGCAGCCCGGCUUAGGAAAGCCGUGGAGGGAAAUUACUUGUCAGAAAUAGAUAAGUUCGGAAUUUUGGAUGAUGCAUAUGCUCUAUGUAUGGCUUGCAAACAAUCACUCUCAUUGUUACUUUCCUUGAUGGAUGCAUACAGGAAAGAGCUUGAUUUUGUUGUGCUGUUGAAACUCAUUGACGUAUGUUAUAAAGUUGUGCAGAUCUCAGUUGAUGCCAUCCCAGAUCUAGUGAAUGAGUUGAAACAAUUUUUCAUGAAUCUUCUCCUGUUUUCCUCAGAAAAGUCUGGCUGGGAAUCAAUUUCUGGAGAGAGUCAUUUAAGUGCACUACUAAGAGGAGAAGUCCUUUUGGCCUUGUCUACUUUUGGCCAUGAUAACACUCACAAGGAAGCAAUACGGCGCUUUCAGGCAUUUUUGGAUGAUAGAAAUACUCCACUCCUUUCAGCUGACACUAAAAGGGCUGCUUACAUUGCUGUAAUGAUGAACACUAGCACCACGAACAGGAAUGGGUUUGAGUCCCUAUUGAAUGUUUAUAAAGAGGCGAAUACUGUACAGGAGAAAGAACAGGUCUUAUGUUCUAUUGCAUCUUGUCCAGACCCAAAUAUAGUCCUUGAGGUUCUGAACUUCAUGUUGUCUGAUGAGGUUCGGGAUCAAGAUGCCACUUACGUGCUAGCUGGAAUAAGCUUGGAAGGCGGUGAAGUAGCAUGGAGAUGGUUGAAGGAAAAUUGGGAGUUGAUCUCCAACAAAUAUGGUGGUGACGGAAUGCUAAUCCACCAUUUAAUUCAGCGUGUUAUCACUUUGUUCUGCAGCAAUGAAAAGGCAGAUGAGAUAGAAGCAUUUUUUGAAAGCCGCAAGCGUCCUUCUUUUGAUAUGAAUUUGAGGCAAGCCAUUGAGCAAGUCCGAAUCAAAGCGAGGUGGGUUGAGAACAUAAGGCAUGAACAACCUCUACGAGACCUAAUCAAACACUUGGCUCACAAGAAAUAAGGAUCAAGGUGCUUCUAAGUUCUUGUCCAAAUUUUAGGGUCUCGAGUAGAAUAAAGAUAGACAAAUGAAAUGGGUCGUAUAACAUUUAUUGCUUAUUUAAUCUUGUUCGAAUUUUUUCACUUGGGCAACAAUAAAUGUUGUAGGAACUACUUCAUGUAUUUCUCUCUCUUCCACUUGAGGCUCUCAAAUUCGGUCAGAACUUCUGGAAAUCUUCUUCAUAAGAAGUAAUAGCUUUCAAUUUGCUUCAAAGCUAUAUACUGUGGACAUGAUUAUGUAAGACUGACGAGCUAUUGACACUACAUGGUCGAAAAAUGGGGUGACAUCAUGUGUUGUAAAUAAAUAAGUCAACUUAGUCGAA